AUGGCCCAGUUCCAAUGGGACCAGGUCCUCGGACUGACUUUGAUGGUCUGCGGCAUCAUCCAGUUUCCACGAAUCUGCUUCUGUCUGGCAAUGUCUUGGUUGUCCUGGAAGACCGUCGUUGUGUGGUAUGCUGUGCUAGGCAUAUACCCAUUCUUGGAGAACAUUGCGGGACCAUUAACGAGGGCGCUACUGUUGGACCAAUGGAAGACUGGGUAG